ACUCUUCAACUUCCCGAACACACACCCAAUAUCCAACCCGCCAACCUUCCAUAACAUCAUGCGAUAGAGAAUAGAGCCAUCAGGAAGUAGGGAGAGAGGGUCCACAUCAAGCGAAAGGGAGAGAGAGCCUCCAGACAAUGGCGGAAUCCCAGAGUGCUCCUUCAACAGUCGGCAACAGCCACAUUGCCGUUGGUGACAACCCCACGGAAGGCAAGAAAUGGAGCAAGGAUAUUAGUUCGCACACACACGCUCGGCCAACACCUCUUAUGGAUCAUUUCGUCGACACAGAUCCUUCGGAUUUUGCCCGCAACGAGACGGACAACGUGUCGGUCCUCUCGACGCUGACCGAAGCCGCGGAGGCUUCAAAUCCAUCCUCGUCCAGUCGCUCAGGAUCCAUUAUAGACCAAAGCGGGCGGUCUUCGGCCCGCUUUAUCAAACCCCAUGCCGGCAGCGACCGGCAAUCUCUGACGCGAGCCGAAAGCUUGCUGACCAUCAAUACAUUACGGUUUGACGAAAAGGCAUUGUACGGACGUGAAUCGGAAAUCCAAGUCUUGACAGAUGCCUUUGACAAUGCCAAGGGAGCUACUGUGGCACGUCAAUGGAUCCUCCUCAUGGGAAGUGCAGGCGUGGGGAAAAGUGCUCUGGCGUUCCAUGCCUUGAAACCCAUUGCUACGAGAGAAGCGGCAUUGUUCUUUUCGGGAAAGUUUGAUCAGGCAUCAUCCAACGAAGAACCCUACGCUGCCUUUACCAUGAUUUGUCGCCAACUUUGUGACGCCUUGUUGGCGCACAAGGAGGACGAGUGGGCAGCCGGCAACAAGUGGACGUUUACGUUUGAAGAGGUCCAAUCGCGCCUCAAGCAAGAACUGGAAGAGGAAGUUCUGCAGGUACUCACUACAGUGUUUCCGGAUCUAUUGCAGCUUGUGGGAACUGAUGAAUCUUCGUAUUUGACCAGUUCCAACAUGGGUUAUUUGGAGGCAAAGCAUCGAUUCAAUUACGCCUUUCGACGACUGAUACGAGUCUUGACACACUUUGGAAGAGUUGUCUUGGUCAUUGACGAUAUUCAAUGGGCAGACGCUGCGUCCUUGCAUUUGAUCCAGUCCCUCCUCACCGAUCAUCCCAAUUGUGUUGGCGAAGAGCAAGGGUUGCUGGUAGUGGCAACUGUCAGAUCCGACGAAGUGAAUGAGACGCAUCCGCUCACUGUGACACUCCGGGAACUGGAGAGCAUGGUGCAACAGCAACAACCUACGGAAAAAAAGGAUGAGCAAUCGUUCAAAAUUCAUCGACUCGAGAUUGGCAACUUGGAGUUGGACCAAGUUAACCAAAUGUUGAUGGAUUUGCUCAGUAAGAAUUCACCUUCCGAGACGAUGUCCUUGGCGGAGUGUGUCCAUCGCAAGACUCAAGGAAACGUCUUUUAUGUCAAGCAGUUCUUGAAAUCGUUGGCAAGCGACCAUUCUGGCACGCCUCUGUUGGUCUUUCAAAUGGGAAAGCUGUCAUGGCAAUGGGACGUGGACGAGAUACAGGUGCGAGAAUCGGCGACCAAAAACGUGGUCCAAGUGAUCCAGUCAAAGUUGCAACACUUGCCCGAGGGCAUUCGAUUGUUGCUUCCCGUCAUUGCAUUACUAGGAGCUUCCUUUGAGUACUCUGUCUUGGAACGAGUCUUGGACGAAUUCAAUGGUAUACUGUUCGAAAAGAGGCAGGACAAAGAUGAAGAGCAGGAGAAAGCAUAUGCUCCCGACGAUUUUAUCAAGACCUGCGUCCACGAGGGGUUGCUAGUUCACAAUAAACGACAAAGCUUGCUCAAAUGGGAACAUGACAAGGUGCAAGAGGCUGCGCUAACCUUGACACCAGACGAGGAAUUGACGCAGCUUCGGUACAAGCUAGGAGACUUUCUCAUAACCGAGUUUGACCAGAAGGAGCUUGAGGCGCACAUUUUCGUGCUAGUCAAUUUGCUGGACGAAGAUACCUCUCGAAUUCCAAAAAACAAUCCACAGCGCCUUCGACUGGCCGACAUGAACUUGACCGCAGGGAACAAGGCAAUGCAAGGAGCCGCCUUUCAGAGCGCAGCGACGUAUUUGACCCGAGGUAUUCAGCUCUUGCCAGAAGGGCACUGGGAGUCAAACUACCAAUUGAGUCUCGAUUUAUUCUCGUCUUCCGCGGAAGCACAUCACUGUUCUGGAAACAGACUGGAAACCAAGAAGUGCUGUAACGCUGUGAUUGCACAAGAUCGGCCCAUCCUCGAGAAGGAAAGAGCUUACACAGUGUUGCUAGAUGCCAUCAACGACGAAGGCAACACUUUGCUUGCUCAAGAAAAGUGCGUGGAGGUGCUAGCGCUGCUGGGUUGCAAAUUUCCAAAGUAUGCCCGCACCAUGUACACCAUUGGGGGGAUCUUCAAGACUGAAGUGUCUGUCCGGGCUUUGGUGAAGAAGAUUCCUACAUUGCCUGUCAUGACGGAUCCUGCCAAGCAAUGGGCGAUGCGUCUCCUAGACCGGUGUGCAACCUACGCGUUCCAGAACAAAUCGGAUCUCCUCACUUUGAUCAUAUUGCGACAGCUCAAGUACACGCUGAAGUAUGGCUACGCCGACUAUUCACCACCGGCACUUUGUACAGUUGGAUUGUUGUUGGCAGCUGCGCUGAACGACCUGGAGGGGUCGAAACAAUUUGGCGAGCUAGGAUUGAAUCUUUAUGACAAGAACAAAGACGUAGGUUCGACCAAAGAGAUCUCUCCAGUUGGCAAGUCCCGAACACUCUUUUGUGCUGCGGCAUUUUGCCUCCACUGGCAAGAACCGACAACUCACUUGAGGAAAAUGCUCGUGGACGGAUACAAUGUGGGGCUGCGAAGCGGUGACGUGGAGAGCGCCAUGUGGAGCAUUUUCUCAUAUCUAGAUUUUGGAUUCUACAAUGGUCUUCCUCUCGCCAUGAUCGAGAAAGACUGCGCAGUGUAUACGCAGCAAAUGAACGAGCUAGGACAGUCCAAACAUGCGAUUUACCUGCGUUGCCUCUGGCAGCUCGUGUUGAAUCUGCUUGGUAAGGAGGACAACAACAUGGCGGAAUUGAAUGGGUCGGUGCUCAACCUUAAAGAGGAAUUGGCCAAAGCGGACAAGGCAAUGGGGGUAAGGGCCCAGGUGAAUCGCCAACGCCUGGUCAAUGCCUUCUGGAGCGGUGACUUCGUCAAGACAUGCAAGCUGAUUGAAGAAACCGGUGCUCACAAGGGAUCGUUUUACGAGGCGUUUGCAGGCUCCUAUGUGAUGCCUCAGCUGCACUUCAAUCUCGGACUGGCGUUCUUCGCAGCCUUCAAGCAAACGAAAAAGUUGAAGUACAAACGAAUGGCAAAUGCACACGCUAAGAAGAUAUACGAUUGGGCGAAGAACGGAAACCCUAACGUGGUCCAUUCUGCUUUGCUUUUGCAGGCAGAAAGCAAGUCGCUUCAAAAGGCGAAGUUUCCAGAAACCAUCAAGCUGUAUAAGGAGGCUAUUCUUCUGGCAGGCCGUCAGGGGUUUCUUCACGACCAAGCAUUGGCCAACGAGCGCAUCGGAGAGUUUUACGUGAGUCAUGGUCUGGAUACAGAUGCGCAAUUCUACUUUUGGGAAGCUAUCCGGUGCUUUGGAGAAUGGGGCUCCUCCCAAAGGGGCGACGUUAUUUUGAAUCGACACACCAAUUUGCUGUCAAAAGCGCCGCCGUCGUCCUUUGCUUUUCAGGUGGACGGCACACGUUCAAUCAGUCACUCCAGUGGAAAGAUUUCAUGAGAGUCGUCGCGGAGCGAUCGAUCCGCGAGAUUGCUCCGGUGCCCGGGUCAGAGGCGACGAUCCUUCGGUUUCCUUUUCCACGGGCGACUGAGGGAUUCUCCAAUGCAGUGCUUCUUUCGAGACCAAAGCUUUUAAUUCAAGUUGAAAGCAGGACUCGCCUCGGAUCCUUUCAGGAUCCUUUCAAGAGCUCCGGUAGAAUACCGGUACCUACUAGAGAUCUACUCACGCGAAACCCUAGAACCCUGGGAACCAUGGGGCGGGGAAUCCAAUAGCUGAAAGAGCACUAGCUAGUAGCUUGAUGCACCCUGUCGCAGGGAGGAGUCAAGUCAGUCUGAAUUGCCAAAAGUCGUUACUCUAAUAAGGAGAUAGAGAACUCCUUUUCAAGGUCUGCUUCGAGAUUCACGUAUGUGGUACGGGCGUUCUGCAUGGAGCUAAAGAGGUCUUGCGCCGUUU